AAGGGGCUUCGCUGCGCACGCGCGAAAACGUCACCGUAUUUUUCUAGACGCAGCUGACGAUGUAAACAAGAAAAGACAGUCGAGGGCAACAGGGAUCAAAUAGGCCGGUGUCACCGCAAAUGAUAGCCAUUAUACACGCAUAGACGGCUGACAUGGGGCUGCCUGUAACUAUUAAAGUCAACUUCCGGGGCAACGUGAAGAGAUUUCUGGAUCAGGAUCUGGACAAACUGGAGUGGGAAUCCGUUGAAGCCUGGAUCAAGGCGUCUUUUGGGAUCAAUCACUUUCAGGUCAAAUACUUUGAUGAGGAUAAUGAAGAGAUUUGCAUUAACAGCCAAGAUGAAUAUGAAGAAGCCAUCAAGAGUGCCGAGAAGCAGGGCAACCAGCUGCACAUGAACGUGUACAAGAUGAAGGGCCAGGCCUGCGGAGGCCCACUGAAGACGGAGGUGAAGGAGCUGAAAGGAGACCUCCGGCCGGCUCCUCCUUAUCCAUCGAGGGUCAAAACUGUGGACAAAGGCACACAAGUCACCCCGGAGAGAGAAGCUGUCACGGUUAAGGACACCAAGGGGAGCAAACCAGAAGAUGAGCCACCUCCUAUGUGGUUUCGGUCGUACAUGGAGAAGUUUAAAGACGAAGUGGUGAAAGAGGUCGUGGAAAGGAUGUGCAGUGACUUUUCUGGCCAGUGUUGUACCCACAAAUCAUCUGACGGACCACUCGAGGUCAUCGGGGCCAGUGGUGGUAUUAUAGGGCCCAGGCCGGGUCCCUCCACCUCGAAUGGGUCCCUUGGCUACACCCCGAACUGCAGCAGCUGCAACAAACUCACCUCUGAAGGGGCCUACAAGUGCAGUGUGUGCCCGUCCUGCAUCCUGUGUGAGUUGUGCCGACACAGCCACGACCCCAGCCACAACCUCGUGAGAACCAAGACACCUCUCUCCAUCCCUGAGCAUGGCAUGUCGGGAGAGUUGAGGUUCCCAAGGCGAGGAGACAGGACAGUGCGCAAGGCCGAGCGACAGCGGCUCAAAGCUGAAAGGAGGCAGCUCAGAGCUGAAGUGAAGGAAAUCAAGAAGAAACUGAGACUGGAGAAGAGGGGGCUGCAGUGGAGCGGGCCCUCUACCUCAGGCAGAGCCAACCUGACAAACAUGGCCUCCGCGUCCACCCAGGUCCCAGCCCUGCCCCCCCCUGCUGCCUCAGAAACAGCCUCAGGUCCAGCCCCAGCCCAAGGUCCCAUCCCCGCCCCGGUCCCUGACCCCCAGGCCUCCAGUCCAGAGGGUCCUGGGGUCUCGCACACGUCCUUGGUGCCCACUAUGGCUGCCUUGUUUCUGGAUGAAAAUCUGCCGGACGGCACCCGUCUGGAGCCUGGUACCAAGUUCAUCAAAUACUGGAAGAUGAGGAACUCGGGCACUAUCAGCUGGACCUCAGAGACUAAGCUAGUGUUCAUGUGGGGGAACCUCGGCCUGGCGUCAGAGGAGAAGAGGGAGGUGCCGGUCCCCCUGCUGCUGCCCGGACAAGUGGGAGUGGUCAGUGUGGCCUUUGUGGCUCCUGUGAUGGAGGGAACGUACACCUCCCACUGGCGGCUGGCGCACUGCGGGUGCCAGUUUGGCCCGCGUGUCUGGUGCAGCAUCGUGGUCGAACACGGCAACAGCCGCAACGCGCUCGGGCAACAGAGCAAACGACUGAAGGAGGAGGUGAGGCAGGUGGAGAAGGAGAAGGAGGUAAGGUCCAAGGACUGCUGCCCUGACUUGUCUGUAGACGUGAACCAUGAAGACUACUACUUCCCCUCGGUCGACCUGCUCACUGCACAGGAUCUUCUGUCAUUUGAGUUGCUGGAUAUAAAUAUCGUACAGGAGUUGGAGAAGGUUCCUAACAACACCCCUGUGGAUUUGACACCCUGCAUAUCCCCGCUGCCCCACGACGCACCAGUGUUGGAGAAGGCCGUCACUUCACAGCUGAAAGAAGACACAGAGGCCACAGGCGUCAGAAAACUCUUUGGAGUGAAGCUGAGGCAGCAGAGGGAGCUGCUGGAGCCUGCGGCCCAGGAGGAGGACCGGGAGGAGGAGAUCAGCGGAGCUCAGUUCCUCUGUGAGACCGUCAUCCGCUCCCUCACUUUGGAGGAAGCCCCCGAUCACAGACCCCUGCGCAGAGCCCAGCACAGCAUCCACAAACCACAGAUUGUUUCCCGGGGGCCCGUGGAUGCUGAGAGGACGGAGACGGUGCAGGAACGAAAUGAGGAGAUCUGUGUCGGAACUCUGGAGAGCUCAGUUCUUCCUCCCAACGCAGGACUCAACCAGAUCACCCCGGGAGAGGAGACGAAGCCAGUUAUUCUGCUGGAACCAGUGAAUGAAAACCUGCAUAUCAGUUCACUUCAUGAUAACGAGGACGAAGAGGUGAUGGGCUUGGAUGACAUGAGAGACGCUCAUGAGGAGAAAGAGGAGGGUGGAACCAGAGGAGAAGACUGGGAGGAGGUCAGCAGCCAGACGUCCUCCGUCUCCUCCUGUGAUGAUUACAUCAUCGUCCUCCCCGACUGCUUCGACACCAGCCGGCCUCUGGGCGAGUCCAUGUACAGCUCCGCCAUGUCGCAGCCGGACACCGCUGCCGUGUCCUCAACCAAUCCAGACAUACGGCAGGAGGAGGAGGAGGAGGAAGAGGAUGAAGAAGAAGAAGAAGAGGAGGAGGACGAAGAGGACUGUGAGUCAGUCAGGGCGGCACCAGUGAAGGAGAGCCAGGAGAGGACAGAGGAGGUCGAUGUGGAGGUUUCAUCUGUGAACACGUGGCCUCCGCCUGUCCCUCCCAUCCACGGUAGCGUGAACCAGAUGCUGUGCGCCUCCCAAACCCUGGACGCUGUGACGCUCACCCCCGAGGUGGUGCGACCACCGGUGCUGCACGACCCCCUGCUGGCCCCGCCGGCCCUCUACUCACCCAGGUCGGAGGCCCUGUACCUGGCUGAGGACCCGAGUCCUCCAGCCUGUGACCCAUACGAGCCACACCAACCACGAGUCCACCUAAAUGUUUCAUCUGGUUUGUCAAGAUCAGCAGGCUCAGCAUCCAGUGCCUUUGAGACAUAUAACCCCAGACCCAGCAACGCCCUGCAGCCGAGGGGCCAAGGAGGCAUCACAGAGGGACUCGUCAAGGGGGCCCUUUCUGUCGCAGCGUCCGCUUACAAAGCUCUCUUCACUGGACCAAACUGUUCAAUACAGCGAGGCAUCGACCCCGCCACCCGACAGGACCCUUCCAUGAUGGCGAUGCUGCUUGAAAUGGGCUUCAGAGACCAGCGGCUCAACCAGCGGCUGCUGAAGAAGCACGGCUACAGCCUGCUGCACACCGUCAACGAGCUGGUGCAGAUGGCCGAGGACAGCCAGAACCGAGCCGUCAAUACUCGACACUGAGGGACGCGGAAACAACGCUGAGGCUGAAAAAGAGUCACGAGAAGGAAAUUCUAUGACUUUAAAAUGUAAAGAGAAUAUUUAGAUCACCCACCCUUUGCAGUGUUCGGAUCUAUCUUGAUUUACUUUAAAGAAAAACCUAUUUAUGAUUCACGCAACUGAUUGAUUUUUCCAAAAAAAAGAAGAAAAAACAAGGGUGGUUAGUUGAUUUGGACCAAGAGCUAAACGAUGAAAAGAGGAUAAAAACAAAAAGAGGAGCUGAUCAGCGAGUAAGAAAUGAACAGCUUCUUCUUCUUCUGCCUUUGCCUUUAAUUUAGCUUCGACAUUUUUUUUUAUAAAAAGUUAAUCCACACACACACACACACACACUUUGUAAAUUAUAACUGAAUCGUGGUGAAAACGCCUUGUUUACCGGGGCCUUACGUGUUUUGGGUCGGACGGAGCCGGAGCUACAGUGUGUGUUUCAGCUCUUCAUCUUUAGUGUUCGUAUGGCUGUUGUAGCUGCUUCCUCGGCUUGGCUAGAUUCUUCUCACAAAAUAGAGCAGUCAAAUAAAAAAAAAUCUUGAAUGUCAUUUACAAAAAAUAUAAAUAUAUAUAUGGUAGAAAUGCUCUGAAGAGCAGCCAGUUAGCAUUUUAAAGCGCGAUGCUACUGAAGCUAAGCGGACGUUCUGGGUGUGAAGGGGGUCGGCGGUGCAGCAGUGACAACAGCAGAUAUUAAAAGACCUUUUUUUUUUUCUCUCGAUUUUAUCGUAGUGAAAUCUGCCUAAACAAUGCAAUCUUUUUUCUGUAUCAGAGUACUGUUAUUUUAGACGUUGACAUGUGGAAUGUAUACAAAAAAGAAAAAAAAAAAACCCAACCCGUCUGACACGGGUUAAACCUGCUCGGGCUCGGAUGUUUUUUCUACCGCUUUUUAGGAGACACCUGCAUGACAGGUAGAGGCUUUAGAGAUGAGUCGUGUUCUCGUGGUCUUAGCACAGUCACAGUGGAAGAAACAAAAUGUCCGCUUUUUUGCGUCAUCGUUUAAAAAAAGGUAAAAACAAAACAAAAAAAACACACGCACACACCUGCCUGCAUUUUCACCUGUCCUCAUAUGACAACAAACCUUUCUUAGCAUUAAUCGGAGACGUGACGUCUCUAACGACACAUUCCUCGAACUCACAGUGGAACCAAGUCUGUUUUAUUUCAUGACAUUGCCUUUUGAAUGGACGACGAUUAUUAGUUUACUGAAAUAUACAUGUGGUGAUUCUGACAUUUGUGGUGUGACUGUGCAGAUUUAAGUUAAUUUGUUUUUUUUGUUUUUUUUUCCUCCCGUGUGUGUGUGUGUGUGUGUUCGGUUGAGGAGUGUUUGAAUCAUGUUUUUCUUACGUUGUUUCAUGUUUUAAAGAGUCAUGCUCUAGAGAAUCAUUCUGAAUAUAUCUACUACUGUAUGCUUGGCAAGUUAUCCCUCUGCCACAGAGUGUAUACAUUAAAUACCCUUCUACUGUCAAUCCGCCAAUAAACUAUUUGCACAUCUC